GGGGUCACCCCUGCCGUGGCCCUUUCGCAACCCUCCCAUCCCUCCUCGUUCUCCCCCGUACAGGUCCAGCAUGCCAGCAAGCAGAUCACGGCCGAGAAGCAGUACAAGGGCAUCAUCGACUGCAUAGUCCGCAUCCCCAAGGAGCAAGGCAUCAUCUCCUUCUGGAGAGGCAACCUGGCCAAUGUCAUCCGGUACUUCCCCACCCAAGCCCUCAACUUCGCCUUCAAGGACAAGUACAAGCAGAUCUUCCUGGGGGGAGUGGACAGGCACAAGCAGUUCUGGCGCUACUUUGCGGGGAACCUGGCAUCCGGAGGAGCCGCGGGAGCCACCUCCCUCUGCUUCGUCUACCCGCUGGAUUUUGCCAGGACCCGGCUGGCAGCUGAUGUGGGCAAAGGAGCCAGCGAGAGGGAAUUCACUGGGCUGGGCGACUGCAUCGUCAAGAUCUUCAAGUCUGAUGGGUUGAAGGGCCUCUACCAAGGAUUCAGUGUGUCAGUCCAGGGCAUCAUCAUCUACAGAGCAGCCUAUUUCGGGGUUUACGACACAGCCAAGGGUAUGUUGCCUGAUCCAAAGAAUGUGCAUAUCGUAGUGAGCUGGAUGAUUGCCCAGACUGUCACUGCAGUAGCAGGGUUGGUUUCUUACCCUUUUGAUACUGUGCGACGUAGGAUGAUGAUGCAGUCUGGCCGAAAGGGAGCUGACAUUAUGUACAAGGGCACAAUUGAUUGCUGGAAGAAGAUAGCUAAAGAUGAAGGAUCCAAAGCGUUCUUCAAAGGUGCCUGGUCGAAUGUGUUGAGAGGCAUGGGUGGAGCUUUUGUACUAGUACUUUAUGAUGAAAUCAAGAAAUAUGUCUAAAACUGAACAUCAUAAUGUAGUUCAAUUGUUCUCAAUCAACUUUUUUUAAAAAAAUAUGCUAUUGUGAUGUAAUGGACAACAAAAUAUUUCCUAGGGAAACAAAAUGAGUAACAUAGCAGGUUGAGAUGAGGAUGCACUAAUUUAGAAAGUGUCCACUACAUCACAGUUAUAUUUUAUAUAAAAAUUCCUCCAACAUUUGUAUUGGAACCUGUGUAUAUAUUAUACUUCAAAUUUUGGGUAAUAUAUUUUGUCUAGAGACAGGACUUGGGUGGUCUAGACCUAGCUUGGAGUCUAA